UUUCUCGUAUAAAAACCGUAGACGGAAGAUCACCAGCAAGGUAGUCCAAGCACAAAAAUUGGUUCUCGAAUCCAAAUAGAAGUCUACUGCAACUCUACGAAGAAACCCUUCAACAUGGCUAAGGAGAAGACCCACAUUAACGUCGUCAUUAUCGGCCAUGUGGACAGCGGCAAGUCCACCACGACCGGCCACCUGGUCUACAAAUGCGGGGGCAUCGACCCGAGGAAGAUCGAGAAGUUCGAGAAAACAGCUGCUCAGAUGGGCAAGAGCUCCUUCAAGUACGCCUGGGUGCUGGACAAGCUGAAGGCCGAGCGUGAACGUGGUAUCACCAUCGACAUCUCUCUGCUUAAGUUCAACACCAAGAAGUACAGCAUCACCAUCAUCGACGCCCCGGGCCACCGGGACUUCAUCAAGAACAUGAUCACCGGCACAUCGCAGGCUGAUGUGGCGAUCCUCAUGGUCUCUGCAGCCAGAGGAGAGUUUGAGGCUGGCGUCUCUCGCAGCGGCCAGACCCGUGAGCAUGCUCUGUUGGCCUACACCCUCGGUGUGAAGCAGAUGAUCGUGUGCGUGAACAAGAUGGAUCUGACUGAGCCGCCAUACUGCCAGAAGCGGUACGAUGAGGUGGUUCGCGGGGUCACCACCUUCCUGAAGAAGAUUGGUUAUGAGGCCUCCACUGUGCCCUUCGUGCCCAUCUCCGGCUGGACGGGCGAGAACAUGAUCACACCCACGCAGAAGAUGUCAUGGUUCCAGGGCUGGAAGGUGAAGCGUAGGGAAGGUCAUUCCAGUGGCAGAACCCUCCUGGAAGUGCUGGACUCCAUCCAGCCUCCCAUCCGCACCAUCAACAAGCCGCUCCGUCUCCCCCUGCAGGAUGUCUACAAAAUCGGAGGCGUCGGCACCGUCCCUGUGGGCAAGGUGGAGACGGGGAUCCUGAAGCCCGGGAUGACGUUGCUGUUCUCCCCGGCCAAGCUGACGGCGGAGGUGAAGUCCAUCGAGAUGCACCACGAGGGCCUCCAGACGGCGCUGCCCGGACACAACGUGGGCUUCAACAUCAAGAACGUCGCCGUGAAGAACCUGCGACGAGGAGACGUGGCGGGCAACGCCCAGCAGGACCCCCCCACCGAGGUGGACAGCUUCAUCGCCCAGGUGAUCGUGCUGAACCACCCGGGCAAGAUAAAGGCAGGCUACUCCCCGGUGCUCGACUGCCACACCGCACACGUCACCUGCCGCUUCCAGGAGCUGAAGGAGAAGCUGGACCGCCGCAGUGGGCAGAAGACGCAGGACCUGCCCCAGAUCCUGGUGUCCGGGGACGCGGCCACCAUCAAACUGGUCCCCAAGAAGCCCCUCAGCGUGGAGAGCUUCUUCAGCUACCCCUCUCUGGGACGCUUUGCCGCCAGAGACCUGAAGCAAACUGUUGCCGUCGGAGUCAUCAAGUCCAUUGAAAAAGCCAGCUCAUUGAAAUCGACCCAGAAGAGCCAAUUGUCUAAAUAAGUUUUUUUUUUUUACCAGUACUCUGGUAUGAUGGCUUCAGUUGAUGUAUAUAUAAUUUUUAUUAUAAGCAAGUUUUGUGUUGCAACACAAAUGUUAAUUUAUGUUCUCUUAAAACAUUGGUUUUAAUGUUUUUGUUCCCAAGACUAGGCACUUGAUGGCAUUUAAUUUGUGAUGGGAAAACUGAAAGUUGAAUAAAAAAAAAAUGCUGAUUGACCUUGUAAAUAUUCAAUGUCCUUACAAUUGGAGUUAAACGAGACCUAAACCCAUAUAUUUUUGCUAGUUGUAUGAUAUGGCUUGUACCUAGGCGUUCUGGUACUUGAACUCGUACUAUAGUACAUGGUGUAUCUUUGUAUAUGGAAUUGAUUGACCAAGCGAUCUUUCAGUUGGUUCAAUGAACAUCCUUAAUGUCUUCCACCUUCUGAAAAAUGACAAGUCACUUUGGGUAUAAGGAUCUGCUUGUAAAUAUUGAUUUGCAAUACCUUGUUUAAACCUGUUUGGAGUUUCCAAUGUCCAUUGUCAACCUCCACUCGCUAAAACCACAGAUUUUGUGCUAGAUUCACUUGACGUAAACCAGCU